GUCUAAUCACCACUUCCGGGAAGGCAUUCAUCCUGAUGGGCGACCUGAACCUCGCCUGGAGCAGCUCAGCCGCCCCCGGCCGGGGAGUGCGGUCAAUGGAGAGGGACGGUGGUGCAGAGGGAGCCCCAUAGGACGCGGUGCCGCAUCCCACGAACCGGAAUGGAAAAGGAAAAGGACACGGAGCACUAGCGGUGGAGGUGUGGACAGGGCGGGGAAAGCAGCGAGCGGCCCCGGCGGCCGCCGCGCCCCGACCCUGAAGGAGGCGGAGGAGGGCGCAGGGCGGCCCGGGCGCGGCGGUCCCGUCCGCGCUCCCCCUGCCCAGCCCCGGCCAUGAAUAUGUAACUCCCCUCUAUUUCCCGAGCUCCAUUGCGGAGCCGCCGCUCGCCAUAUUGUGCUGCGGGGGCUGCAGCGGCACCACCGGCCACGGACCGAGGCGGCACCGGCGGGCGCCAUGUCUCAGGCCGUGCAGACCAACGGGACACAGCCUCUGAGCAAGACCUGGGAGCUCAGUCUGUAUGAGCUGCAGAGAACACCCCAGGAAGCCAUCACAGAUGGCCUGGAGAUCGUGGUGUCCCCCCGGAGCCUGCACAGUGAGCUCAUGUGUCCCAUCUGCCUGGACAUGCUCAAGAACACCAUGACCACGAAGGAGUGUCUGCAUCGCUUCUGUGCUGACUGCAUCAUCACUGCCCUCAGGAGCGGCAACAAAGAAUGUCCCACGUGUCGCAAAAAGCUCGUUUCAAAAAGAUCCCUGCGGCCAGACCCCAAUUUUGAUGCUCUCAUCAGUAAGAUUUACCCGAGCCGGGAUGAGUAUGAAGCUCAUCAGGAGAGGGUGCUGGCCAGGAUCAGCAAGCACAACAACCAGCAAGCCUUGAGUCACAGUAUCGAGGAGGGAUUAAAGAUUCAGGCUAUGAACAGGUUGCAGCGGGGCAAGAAGCAGCAGAUUGAGAAUGGCAGCGGGGCCGAGGACAAUGGUGACAGCUCCCAUUGCAGCAACGCCUCCACACACAGCAACCAGGAAGCAGGGCCUAGCAACAAGAGGACCAAAACCUCAGAUGACUCUGGGCUGGAGCUGGACAACAACACCACCACUGUGGCCAUAGAUCCCGUGAUGGACGGGGCCAGUGAGAUCGAGCUGGUGUUCAGGCCUCACCCCACCCUCAUGGAGAAUGAUGACAGUGCGCAGACGAGGUACAUCAAGACCUCAGGCAAUGCCACGGUUGAUCACCUGUCCAAGUACCUGGCAGUGAGACUGGCCCUGGAGGAGCUUCGGAGCAAAGGUGAAUCCAACCAGAUGAACCUGGACACGGCCAGUGAGAAGCAGUACACCAUCUACAUCGCCACUGCCACCGGCCAGUUCACCGUGCUAAAUGGGUCCUUUUCCCUGGAACUGGUCAGUGAGAAAUACUGGAAAGUGAACAAACCCAUGGAACUGUACUAUGCCCCUACCAAGGAGCACAAAUAAGUGCUGGGUAACUGGGAUGGAACUAACUCUUUUUAUAGCUAUGACUUCUUUAAUAUUAAAAUAAGGCAUCACCAGUAUCUUCAUGGACAACACAUGUGGUGCCUUCAGGCACUCUCAGUAUACUCAGUAAUGACUAGACAGUAUUCUGAGCUGUAUUUAAUUUAGUCUUUGGGUUGGGUUAUUUGGUUUUUACCUAGGAGACUAAAUGACCUUCUCCAGUGCAUUCCAGUGUUUGAGAUGCUUUUUUGUUCCUAAUGCAUGAUAUCUGAUCCAGUGUUCCGGUUUGGAAUGGCUUUGUUUUGUCCAGGUAAAUCUGGAUUUCUGCUCCAUCAGACAUCAGUUAUAGUAGCCUCUGUGAAGUGUAGAGAGUUGGAUGGCCAAGGAAGACUGUUCAAUAGCAGCAUAUGCCAAGGAAUAUGUUAAAUGUUGGAAUUUGGUGACUUAUCCAUCUGAAGAACUGAUUGGUAGAGAACGGAUUUGGGAUAGUCUUGCAGCUAGAGGUAAUAUGAUUCCCUAGGAAAAGUUCAUUAAGACAUUUUCUUAUGAACAAAUGUGAAUUUUGCAUCUUGUGGGAGGUAUUGCUGCCCAUGGUAGGGGCUUGGACCAAGAUGGUGCUUAAGGUUCCUUCGAAGUCCAGCCAUCCUGGGAUUCCAAGAAGAGCUGCAGUGAGAAAACUGACACUUUAAAACUUUGCUAUUUACAGGGCUUAAUUUAAUAUUUCAGUGCAAGGUGGUUAAUCAGUUUGGUUUGGUUUUGUUUGUAAUGGCUAUUUUAGUCAAAAAACACCCAAACACCCCAAACCCAUAACUCUUCCCCAUGCAGGACAUGCUAGUCUUGAUUCCUGCCUGGCCCCUCCUGCAAUGUUGCCCUGUCCUCACAGCUGAACUGAAGGAAAUCUGGAUGUUUCAUAGCCCUGUUGUGUUCCCUAGAAUAGGAUCUCUGUUGUGAAUGUGCUGUAAAGAACUGUCCAGAAAACUUUUUUGUUAAAGCAAAUCCCCCAAAUUUCUAGCACACAGCCAUCAAAAUGCUUUGCUCGGGGAUUUGUACCACCCCAGCAGGGACCUUUUCCCGGCAUCAGUGUGAGUAGGGAAGACUUUGUAAGCUGCUCCAAGAUUCUACUUUUGUUACUUUGCCAUAGCUUUAACAAACAUGGCUUAGCACUUUGGAAGACAACUUCAGUACUUGACAAAGUUUACCAUUUAGUGUCUUACCUUUAGGCUCAAGUUUCCCAACAUGGGCAGUGGGCCAUGCUGUAAGGCAUGCUGCUGGUCAUUUAUGUGUACAGCCCCUGUACCCUGACUUUGGACCUUGCUGUGGCUCUGAGAGGCCAGCUUGACCUCUCCCAUGUCCUCUCUGAAGGGGAGCUGUCACCACAAGGUUCCCUUUGCUCGAAGACUUGCUGAUGAACCCUCCCCUGUUUGCCCCUGAGGCUUGAAGCAAAAGGUUGGUGGUAGGUGGGAAGCACCAAGCUUUACUCCACACAGUGUGGUUUACACUCCUCCUGUGUCCUGCCUGGACUCCCACUGACUUUGGCAUGUGAUACAAAAGUAUUCUGCUGCUCGGGAUUUUCCUGGGAAGGAUUUGCCUUUCCCUGGCUCUGGGCUUUCCUAGCACUUGUAAAUAGUGUCCCUUUUGCCUGCUGUUCAGAUCAGCUUUAUCCUGCUGUGAAAGCUGCACAGGCUUCUCUGAGUAACUUAAUUAUUUCCUCUGACUGGAGAGCCUUGGGCUUUUGUGACAUGAAAUGAAAGUGUUCAGGCCCAGAGCACAGAGGGGCGGCUGUUAGGGACCUGUUUUUGCUGACUUCGUGAAGCCUUGCUGUAUAGACUGUAGUGCAUGUCCACAGAAUAUAAUGGGGGGUGGGGGAGUGGCUGUGCUAAAUGCUUUGAAGUUACUGGGGAAACUUCUAGAUUAGUGCCAGCAUGCCUCCUGGGGGGAGCUGAGGGGAGGGACAGUCCCUUAAGCAAGAGAGGUGUUGUGAAGCUGAGCAGUCUGUCUAGCUGUCACUUUGUCUCCAGUUCUUUUGAAAAGCAUGGGAGAAUGUGAAGCUUUUUAUAUUCAUGUUGUAGUGAAUUCCCUGAAUAUUUAUGUUCUUUAAAUAUUAUAUAUAUAAUGUAGUUAUUUGAUUAAACCAUUGAUUGCACUGUGACUCUUUAGUGCUAUAAACUAUUUUAUUUUCAAAAUGCCAUUACUAUUCCCCCUUUUAAAGGCUAUGUUCUUUUUUAAGUACAUAAUGUGUGUAACAUACGGGUAAGCCUAAUAUCCAACUAAAGUCCCACUGAAAUGCUCAAAUUGACAAUAAAAGCAAAAAAUGUUAUCAACAACCUUUUGGGAGUUGCAGUGCUGCUUCCUCUUGUGGUUGAUAAAGGACCCCCUUAGGGCAGUGUUUGUGUUCGUCCUGCAGUGCCUGGGGCUGUGCAGGUGCAGCUCAGCUCCACCAGUGGUAGCUGUUACAGUCCCUGAAAGCAGCUCAGCUCCUGAGCCUUGAGAAAUAGGGGCACACAGAAGGUAUCAGCUCUUCCACUGACCUGUCAUAGGUGCUGCUGUUCCAACCAGAUCCUGCAGCUUGAGGAAGGGGAUGAAGGAUUUUCAUAGCACUUGUGUUAAACCCAGCAAUUUUCAGUGCAUUUAACUCUUAGGCAGCUUAAGUCAAUAGCAGCAGAGAGCAACUGUAAUGAACCCCUUCAGCUGAGGUGCAUUAUUUAGAGAUCAUGUUUUGUUUCCUUGUUUUCUCUCUACAUUUACCACAACUGUUAACCAGAGGAUGCAGCUUGAGUUAAGAGGCAAUGCUUGUGUAUGCCUGGAGUAGGGUUUCUUGAGAUGUACUGAACAUGAGCACUCUCUGAGGAGAUCCUGCUGCUCUCUGGGCCACCACUGCUUACCCACAUUGUCUCUGAACUGCUUAAACUCCCAGAAAACUUCCUUUAAUCACAGCUAAACAGGAAACACCCCAUGGAUAGGAGGAUAUGCCCCUCAGGUACAGAGCAGUAGUACAGAGCAGUAGAGGUUGCACUGUACUGCCCACACUGGUAACUGGAUUAAACCUACAGCAUAAUUUUUGUAUUCCUUCUGGCAUUUACUCUCCAUCCUGCUGUUCAGCUGAUGGCCUUGCAUCGAUUUCCCUCAGUCUUUCAGCAGUUGAUCAGUUGUGAUUUUCUAUUCAGGAUGAGCCACUGGCAGAAACACCUUGGUCCAGCAAAGAUUUGUUUAAGGUCUGCCAUUGAUGCCUGGCACAGUACUGGGUACUAGCUGCUCCAAAAAGUGACAGGGAAUGAGCUGUGACCUUGCCAUCACCUCCUGCAUUAUCCUCACCUACUUCCCACUCUGUCUCCUACUGUAACAGCCAACCUGGCCAUGUAGAUCAGUGCAAGGAGGAACAAGAUCUCCCAAGCUCCAGACAUAAACCAACACUAAUGCUCUUUCAGCCGAUUAUGGCAGGACUGACCCUGCCUGGUCAACAGCAGAGACAACUGCUGAACAGGAAGAGAACUCCCCUUCAGCUGGUCCCUGACAACAGGCAAAACCUCACCCCAGAUCACGGUCCGGCAGAGGAAAAGAACCCAGAUUGUACAGACAACUCUGAAUUUAACUUUUUUUGCCCCUCCAGACACCUGUGAAUUGGGUUGGAAAAGGUAUUCCCCACAAGAGUCUUCAGUUAUACUUUUUUUUUAACUGCCUUUACUGUAAUCAGAACAAUCCCUUGCCUCAGGUAAUUGACUUUAGGACUGCUUUUAUUGUACUAACACUGAAGUGUGUUACCUGCAAGCAACACUCCACUUAAAAACCCAAAAAUGCCACCAGGGACCAUCAAAUUCUCUCCUUCCUUUUAGCUUUCCAAUGUACUCCCAGGUCAUGUUUGGUAAAGAACUGUAAGCACUACAUUUUUGAAAUAAACUUUGUUGCUGUAUCAUUGA